UUAAUGCCGACUAACAAUUAAAUUAGUGAUAAGAUAUCAUCAACAAUUAUUCAGCCACUUUCAUUUCUUUAUUUCUUAUCCACUCGAGAAGAUGCUUCAAGCAUAAAAGAAGAAAUUCCUCUAAAUUAUUGCCUUAAUCAAGAGGGUGCAUCUGCGAGGAAAAAGUCUUACAUCAUCCAAUUCCAAAGAUGAGUUUGCUUUUUUCAACGUCAUUGAAUCUACGAAUGAAAAAGGAACCAAACCAUAAUACUUCUUAAUCACCUCAAAACGCAAUCUUUCUACUAUUAAAGUUUUUAGCCCUACCCACUACUAGAUAGAAUAUUUAAACAACUAAAGGCCGCCAGCAUUGACAACACCAAUUAGUCUCACAACAAGUAUUAUGUAGAAUUUUUAAAAAUCCGACAAAGAAAAAUUAGUAGCAUUAGAUAGAAUUUUCUAAAUAACCAUUCUAUCUAAACGAUUAAUGACCAACACCAUUCAUCUCCCUCCUAUGGAGGAAAAAGAGUAGAGAGAAGGUUAAGGGUAGAGACAGGGGAUAGAGAAGGUUGAGGGAAAAGAGAAAACAGCCCCUACGGCGACAAGAUUUUCGUGGAUCUGUAUAUUUACUAGUCCCGAUCAUAGCUUUUUUAGACUUCUCCUCUCUCCUGAAUUAAAAUAGAAUAGAUUAUACAAAUGUGUCGUUGCUGACAAAAAAAAAAAAAAAAAAACCACCCCAGCGUGGUCAAUCGUAAAACCAAGAAAAUGCCAAGCAACUUCCAUUGCAAAAGCAUCCAAAUUUCCCAUUGAAUUGAAGCACUGCACGGCACCACACUGAUGGAGGCCCCCCCAGAUGUGAACAGCUGAUGGCCGCCUCCAUUGACCCAUCUUAGUAUUGUCACGGCCGACAAAUUUUGGUCUAAGCUUCCAUACAGCUAUUCUUUAUCAAAUCAUGCAACAUAUAUUUAUUUGUAAACCAAACAUGUAACAAAUAUUUGGAGAAAAUAGAGAAACUAUUUGUGCCCUCUUUUUGCUUCAAGAUCAGAAAACCUUUCGAUCCUAGUUCCAAUUCCAAGCAAGAAACAAUGGCUGAGGCUGUUAUCAGUGCUACUGUUGAGGUCGUCUUGGGGACACUUAUUUCCAUUGCUGCGGACCGCAUUGGUAUGGUUCGGGGAGUCAAAGCGGAGUUGGAGAGACUAAGCAACACUGCUGCAAUGAUCCAAGGUUUCUUGGCUGAUGCUGACGGGAAAAUGCAUACCCAAGGGGUGCGAGAGUGGCUCAAACAGCUAGAAGAUGAGGUUUUUAAAGCUGAUACCGUGCUAGACGAGCUCAACUACGACAAUCUUCGUCGGGAGGUGAAGUACCGAAAUCAACCAAUGAAGAAGAAGGUAUGCUUCUUCUUCUCCUUCUUUAAUGCAAUUGGCUUUAGUUCCGGCUUGGCUUCAAAGAUCCGGGACAUCAACACCAACCUACAAAGGAUCAACCAGCGAGCCAAUGACUUGGGAUUGGUCAGAAAGCACCAAAAGAAACUGGUGCCACUGGUGCCACGACAAGCAGACAGACCGACUCUAUUGUCGUUCCGAACGUUGUAGGAAGAUCCGGCGACGAGUCAAAGAUUGUGGACAUGUUAUCGAGCCCAUCUGAAAGGUUCUUUCUGUUAUUCCAUAAUAGGCCGGGAGGUUUGGGAAAGACAACUCUUGCUAAAUCAGUCUACAACAAUCCAAAAAUUGAUGAGAAUUUUGGCAUAAGAGUUGG